AUGAGUUUAACAACUAAACGACAAUUACCAAAUCUAAAUAAUGAAAAAAUUCGACAAUUAAAUUCCGUAUUAAUUAAUACAGAAGAUAACAUACGAAAUGUUCAACAAAAUUUCGAGUCAUUUAAACAAACAACAUCUUUAGUAGAUAAAUUUAGAAAUAAUGGUAGUAAAUCAACAAUACCAAGAAAUAAAGGUGAUCGUUUCAAUAAUGAUGGUAGCAAACAAUCGAUAUUAUCAAAUGAACAUGAUAAAGCUAAACAUGAGACCAGUAAAACAACAAAACAACAAUUAAAUUCAUUACUACUAUACAAAUAUGUAUUUUCACAGGUUGGUCAUUCACGUCACGAUCGACGUUUACAAGAAAUAGAACUUGAAAUAAAACGACAUAGAGAAGAACAACAACGAAAAUUAACAACAUCACUACAUAAUGAAGGCGAUAAGAUUUUACAAGCACAAUCUAUAUAUAAUAAACAAACACAUGAAUUUUCAUUACAAAAUACAAAACGACACUUAGAAGAAAAUGAAAUAAAUAGCACGUUAUUAACACAACAGAAUUCAGCAACUUUACUCGAUUGUGCUAAAUCAAUUCGAGAAAAUGUAACACAAUUUAAAAACCAAUUAAUGAGAAAUGAAAUAACAUAUGAGAAACAAAUACAAAAUGUUGAAGAUUUAUCUCCAUUAUUAAAUCAACGACGAAAAACAGGUUAG